AUGAUGGGGAAGCCGAACUAUGAUGACAGGCACCUGUUUAAUUGUAUAUCGUCGUCCUCUUCAAUUCGAUCGCCACCAGCUGAUUCUAAUAUGAAUUGGCAUGCAACAUUAAGUCAAUCGGAUUCAAGCAUUCAACAACGUCCAAAUCGACCAGUACUGGUAGUACCGCCGCCUCCACCACCCGCUCUAUGUGGUCCACAUUCGGCAUCCUAUAAAGUUUCCAUUGGUCAUGAAACUGUCAAUAUUACCGAACUUGCUCGUCCACAUGACUUCUCUUCUGAUCAAAUUAUUACAGUACCCUCCAAUGAUCGCCGGCGCUUCCUAACCGCAGCAAAAGGUGCGAACAUACUCAGUCUAUGCUUCAUGUGUUUCGUUUCGGCAUCUCUCAUUCUUAUUUCUCUAUCUGCCAUGCAACUUCUAUUCAAAACCAAUCCUCCUAAUCCAGACAAUAUGAUGCCUUUUCUUCUUCAAUCAGUAAAUGUUACCCCAGGUUUCUUGUACAUGUUUACACCACCGAAUCCACCUACGGAGAAAAUUCCACAGCUUGUUGUUCCAUUGUACGAUCAUACAAUACGAGAUCUGGCAACGACCAUAUGCAUGUUUAUCAUCGUAUUGAACUGUUUUAGUUUAUUAGUUUUCAGUAUUGAAAUUUACCUCGGAUGUAAUAUUGUGAUAAGCAAACAUCGCUCUCAUCGAAACAACAACUCAAUUUUCAGCUCGUCAUCGUCACGAUUUCUGGCCAUCUGUGGCUUUUAUGCGUCAAUUCCUGCACUCAUUCUCGUAAUGUCUUUCUUUAUUUUAUUAAACAUGUCCCUGAUACCUGCCAUCGUUUCAUUGAUUAUUCUUGGCUUUGGUCUUAUUUUUAUUCUUUUCACUCUACUAGCAUAUUUCUUAACAAUUAAAACAAAUAAUCACUCGAUAGUAAAUGGGAAAUUCGACACGAUGAGUUCAUCUCUACAUCAAACGACUACUUCAAAUCAUUUAAAUGAAGAUGAUAUUGAUCUAACCAAAGCGGAUGAACUUUCAACAUUAGUGUAA